AUUCCACGGGAAGUCUGUGCUUGGGCUUAUUGUGCAUGUAGCUGGUGGCUCCUCGCUUUCGGGUAAAGGAGUCUGGGUGGUGGCCGCGGCCUCUGGGCUGGGAUGUACCGAGCUCCCAGUGAAGGAAGGGGAGCUGAGCCCGAGCCAUGGCCAGUACAGUGGUAGCGGUUGGAUUGACCAUUGCUGCUGCAGGAUUUGCAGGCCGUUAUGUGUUGCAAGCCAUGAAGCAUAUGGAGCCUCAAGUAAAGCAAGUUUUUCAAAGUCUACCAAAAUCUGCCUUCAGUGGCGGUUAUUACAGAGGUGGAUUUGAACCCAAAAUGACAAAACGAGAAGCAGCGUUAAUACUAGGCGUAAGCCCUACUGCCAAUAAAGGAAAAAUAAGAGAUGCACAUCGACGAAUUAUGCUCUUAAAUCACCCAGACAAAGGAGGAUCUCCUUAUAUAGCAGCCAAAAUCAAUGAAGCUAAAGAUUUACUAGAAGGUCAAGCUAAAAAAUGAAGUCCACUCAAGUUACCUGGCUGUCUAUCUUCUGCCUGACCCCUGAAACGACGCCUGCGGCUACGAUUGCGUCGCUGGGGUUUUUUUUCACUAUCAUCUGCAAUUGCAAAGUUUACCAUGAACUAUUCUGACAAAAUAAAAGCAGAAACAAAACUUCUUCCCUUCAAGGGUUUCAGGGGACAAAGAAACUUUUAAUUAAAUAUCAAAUGAAACACAACACAUUGCUAAUAAGAAAUACACAUUUGUAACUUUAAGCAUUUGUAAUAGAAUAAAACUGAAAUUACCCUUUGGAAAUUAAGAGUUUUACCUCAAAAUAAACUGAACUCUCAGGCAAUUUAAAUCAUCCUUCAAGAAUAAAGCUUAACUCUCCAAUACAGAAUGGUUUUUACCAAACAAUAAAAUUUGGAAAUUAAUGCCCACUCCUGAUAAUACAUACUUUCAAUAAUGUCAUUUAGAGUAAUUUUCAAGAGGCAAACUGAAAGCCCAAAUUUUGGUUUGAGGACCGUAAGUAUGGUGCAGUUUGAAUUUGUAUUUAGUUAAUGGUAUCAAAGGGCACUUUAAUAAACACUUCAAAUAAUAAACAGCCUCAAACAAUCUGACAAAUCUGAGAAGUAGACAUUUAAGACUGACAAAAAGCUAUCAAGUUUAUUUUGUUUAAACCCUAAAAAAAUUCAAUUUAUGAAUUACAUAUGUUUUUAGGAAAAUGCUUGAUACAUUAAUAUUAUAUAAUUAUGUAUCUUUCCCCUAAGUGCUUACAUACCUAGCCCAUUUUCAUUAACUGAAGCUGUAUCAGAUUCAGUCAUUCCAUCCAUCAGAACAGCAUCUUCAUCAGUCCUUCGUCUACGAGACCGCCUACGACGGUUAGUACUGUGAUGAGAUUCGCUGGCAUCAGUGUCUGCAGUCUGAUCUGAUUCUGUAUUAUCAAGUAAGCUGUAUGGAUUGCUGUCUGGAUCUUUGAGCACUAUAUUCAUGUCAGAGGCAAGAAAUAUUUGUUUAAGAGGGCUGCAGUUAAUGCUUUGAUUAUAAAUGAACUCUAUCAAUUAAUGGCAAAUAAACUUCAAUUUCCCACAAUAAAAAUAUACUGUCUUCAAAUAAAAUGUUUUUCUUUAUCACUAUUUUUUCCUAGGAAAUAGCAAACAUGAUUAAAUAUGGAAAACUUUAAAUGGUGAUGAAAAAUUAUAAAGCAGCAAGUGGACAGACAUCUACAUUUCCUAACAAAAUAUCUCCUUUGGUGUGUUUUUAAGACAUAUACAGUUGUACCUCUGUAUCUGUAGGUUCUGUAUCAAGAUUCAACCAACUGGAGAUUAAAAGCUUUCUUAAAUAUUGCUUGUACACUGAACAUGUACAGAUCCUUUUGCCUUACACAUACAAUGUAACAAUUUAUGUAGUAUUUAUUUUUAUGGGUAUUGUCAAGUCAUCUGGAGAUGUGUGUAGGCCAAUUGUGCAAAUAAUAUUCCAUUUUAUAUAAAUGGAUUAAUCAUACCCAGAAUCUCUUAACAGCUAUGUGGACAGCGGAGCCCUGAAACCAAUCCCCUACAGAUCCUGAUGGACAACGGUAUAUGAAAUACUAUUAUUUUGACAGUCAUGUUUCUAGGCAAUCCUGUCCAGAGGCUAGAAAAUAAAAGAGAAAUAUUCAGCUAAUGUGAAUUAAUUCUAACAAACUUUUGUCCCUUUCCUGAGUCCCAGGUGACUACUGCUUCUUUGUGCUGAUGUUAACCACUUCCAAAUACUCAACACCUGCACUCUAUGACGUAACACAAAUCUGUAACCAUAUCAAAAUAAGUCCACACAAAGCAGCAAACUUAAAUAAGUUUGAAAUUCUAACUGGUUAUGAAAAGGAAAAUGUCAAAAUGAAAUGCUGACUAGUAUUCCAUCUCAGGACACAAAGCAUGAAGGUGGGGCAGGAUGGGGUGAACAUGGAAAAGUUUAAGACACAAUUUGUAAGAAAAAGACCCAUCUUACCUAUGUGCAUUUAUUGCUUCCAACAAUCAAAUUAUAGAAGAAAUUCACCUAAAUCACGAUAUUUUUCCUAAGUUUCCUUUGGUACAGCUAGCAAGCUAGCAUCUUUGCAAGAAACACUAAGUUUAUCCAUUAAUCAAACACUAAAGUACAUUUAUUUGCAAUUCAGCAUACUACAAUUUUAUAAACCUCAGUAACAGUACACAGUGUACUAAAAUAUAAAAACUAUUUCCAAAGCCUAUGAACUAAACUUAUGACUCAAAAGAAUUAUUACUGUGCAACUAGAGAAAACCUAAAAAUUAAAAAGAUCCCUAAAUUUUGUGAUUUGUCUAAGCUCAUUAAGCACAAAGCAUAUCUGGCAUUAUUUAAUGUGUAUACAUAUCCUCUGUGAUACUUAAAUAACACAUAAGCUCUAAUGGAGAUAACAUUUAAGAAAAGUGUUUUUUUUUUUUUUUUUAAA